UUAAUAAAAAUUUUUUUUAGAUGUCUCUGUUUGUUAUUGGCUUGAUGACUAUGUUUAUCAUUACUGUACCAUACUUUUCCAUACUAUUGAUUAUUACAUUAAUAAUGGGACUUGCUGAUGGAUGUUUUGUUAGUGUCAUGGGUCCCAUUGCUUUUGAUUUAGUUGGUCAAAAAGGGGCUGCACAAGCCAUCGGAUGCAUUCUUGGUCUCUGUUCUAUACCAUUGACAGUCGGCCCACCUGUUGCUGGUUGGAUGUACGAUAAGUACAAAUCUUAUACAGGUGCAUUUUUAAUUGCUGGACUACCACCCAUGAUUUUUGGAAUACUGUUAACUACUACACGGUGUGUAAGAAAAAGAAAUAUGGAAAUGGACAUAGAAGAUAAGGAUCCAAAUGAACCAAAACUUCUUGACCCAAUGCCUGAGUCCUAUAGAAAAGAAGACCCUGAAGAAGUUUGUUGAUCAUUCAUGACACUACAUUAUUUUGCAUACAAGUACAUAYUAUACAAUUCUGCAAUCAUCUCCAUUUUGUCUGCAGAUAUUUUUGAACAUAAAGUUUUUACAAAACAAAACAAAUCGAAUUGACUCAAUAUAUUUUUUAAACAAGUUGAACUCCA